AUGGAUGAAGAAGGGGGAGAGUCAGUGGAUUUUGACGCAGCAGCCUUAUCCAAUAUUUCUCCGUACUGCGUGGAUAAUUCAGGAAAUUGUUACAAGUUUGGCCAGGAGAAUCAACCCCAGGAGGGAGUAGCAGCCAAUGGCGGUAACGUAGUUGACGAGGAGGAGGAUGAACUAGCAGCCAAUGACGUCGAUAACGCAGUUCGCGAGGAGGAGAAUCAACUUCCGAGAGCCGAAGCCAAGGAAGGCUUACAAGAGGAGGAGGCGAAGUUGCGGGCAUACUACAAGUUGAUUGUGGUGCGGCAUCAUGACGAACUAGUAAUUGAAGCGAACAAGUUUUGGAAUGUGGAAUUUAUAAAGCAGCAUAUUGAACGUUUUCUACUGAUAAGUGAAAGGAAGCAAGCCCUAUUCUCCAACGGCGAAUAUCUUGAUGAUAAUUUGCGUACACUUGAGAGCAUUGAAGGGAUUGAAUCCAACCCACGCAUCCAGCUGUUAGAGUUAGAAGUACCAUUGAAGGCUUCCACCGCCACAGCUUCGGCUUCGGCAGCACAGCCAACACCUGCAGCCACCGCCACAGCUUCGGCUUCAGCAGCACAGCCAACACCUGCAGCCACCGCCACAGCUUCGGCUUCGGCAGCACAGCCAACACCUGCAGCCAUCCUCAAAAAAGCAAGAACGAAAGCUAGUAGGAGGAAGCCCCCGAUCAAUGAAAUCAAAGAUGCACCACCUCUGCCGCCAUCCACGUCAGCCCUCCCACGGACAUCUGCGGCCGCGGUGGCAUGGUGGGGAAGUGGCAUCCCCUUUUCCUUGAUGAGACGUAGUGCCGUUUCUAAGAGAGCUGCACCAGCUACACCACCAACAUCAGCUUCUGAUGAAGAAACUAAAGAUGAUCCUGACUAUGUAGAGUCCGAAUCCUCACCAUCUAUUCAAGGCUCCUCACAUCCAACGGAUUAUAAGGGACGGCUACGGCCGCGGCCUCAGCGCUGA